UAACUCUUUUGACAUUUUGAACAGAAAGAAAGCAAAAAGAGAUGAGUUGAUUUAUAAAGGCCAGAAAGGCGCUUUCAUAUCUUCAUGAUUCGGGAAAUCAAAUGGAUCAUGGUUCUCAGAUUCUCCACAUGAUCUUUCUCAUCAUCUUCUUUCUCAUAUCAUUCCACUGUACCCACAUUUUGAUUGCAAAUGAUGCAUUGAAUGCUGUAGAGUACUUUAGCAGACAUGGACUGAAUGAGGUGUACUACAAGAGAAGUAGUCGUCAUGGAAGAGAAAAAUACAUUGGGGAAGUUUCAGGAGGGGAUGAAAAUAAAGAACAAAAGACCACCAGUUUGGAAAAGUUCAGACUUUUGCUUGGCAUGAAGAAUUUCUUUAUCAGGAAACCAAGAGAUGGUCAUGCUGAAAACUAUCUUCACUCACCAUCACCUUGCCCAUCACCUGCCUUUGCAGCUGAAGCUCCAGCUCCUUCUCCAGUUCAACCUGUUCAUAGACACCUUUAUCACCCCUCACAUCACCAUCAUCUAGUUCCACCAGCCCACAAGAUUCAGAAGAAAGAGAACGGCGGAGCAAGAAGAAUUUUAACAGCAGUUAUUGUUUCUACUGGAGUUGGCUCUCUAUUAUGUGCAUUUGGGCUUUUCUGGGGCUGCAAAAGGUUCAGAAAAAGAAGAAAGAGAACAACAAGAACUCUCUCUAUUUGCUGCUCUGAAGCAGGAAGUCGAAGUAGCUCAAAGCAUUCUCAAACUUCAGUGAAAAAGGUAAGUUCUGAUCCAGGUCCUGACCUGUUUUACCUUGAAUCUCUAGGAGCCGCUUUAGAACCACAGCCUUUUUCCCUGAAACAAAAUUCUUUAGCGCUUAAUGCAUAUUCCAAUCAAAACACACAAUUUGUUAGUGUGAGUGAAAGAGAAAGAUCAGGACACGAGUUCACAAGAGCAGAAGCUGAUAAUGAUAGUGAUGGAUGUUCUGCUGUAGGAGAAAUCACCUCUGCUGCUGAGAUUUCAGAACUAAACCAAAAUGUACCUGAUAGUUGCAAUUAUUCUUCAUGUGGUGAUAAUGUAGUUCCUGAGGAAGAUGAUUCAUCUGAUGAUGAAUCUUUCCAUUCUUUGUGUAAUUCACAAGCAUCUGAUGUGAGAUUAUCUGAUGCUUCAGCUGGUAGUGUAAGUGGUCUCUCAGAAAUUCUCUCUGCUAAUGCUUCCAAAAAAUCAGAUUGUUCACUAGCCUCUCCAUCACAUUUCUCAACUGUGUCUCCCUCUUCAAGCUCAGAUUCCAACUCAGAAGCAAACACAAUCUUAAUCCAACCGACAAGGCUUCCUCCUCCACCACCACCACCACCACCACCUCCAUUCCCCAUGAUCUCACAUGUGCAUACUACAUCUCCUAAAUCUACCUUUACAUCAGAAAGAAAGACAUUGAAGAACUUCAGUUCUUCUACAUCAUCAGAUGCAUCUUCAACUGGGAAUUCGGACUCUUCUUUAGUAUCAAAUCAAACCCCUCAAUGUAGUUUGUCACCCUCCUCUCCCAACCUUCCGAAAGCUCCCCAAGGAAUUCCUCUACCACCCUGUCCCCCUCCAUUUUCAAAAGGAAAUGCCAAUUCUCUGAAAAUCCCUCCUCCUCCACCUUCUCAGCUUUCUCAGUUUACGCCUUUGGGUAAAGAUGGCACUCCUCUGCCAAAACUGAAACCACUUCACUGGGAUAAGGUAAGAGCUGCACCAGAUCGUUCAACGGUAUGGGACAAGCUUAGAUCAAGCUCAUUUGAAUUUGACGAGGAAAUGAUUGAAUCACUUUUUGGUUACAACCUGCAAAACUCCAUAAAGAACGAGGAAGUGAAAACCAAAACAUCAUCUCCAAGCAAGCAUGUCCUUGAGCCUAAGAGAUUACAGAACAUUACUAUACUUUCGAAGGCCUUAAACGUGACUGCUGAACAAGUAUGUCAAGCACUAAUGCAAGGGAGUGGCUUAGCUUUACAGGAACUGGAGGCACUCUCAAAGAUGGUUCCAACAAAAGAAGAGGAGGCUAAACUCUCAAAUUAUAGAGGAGACAUCAAUGAAUUAGGAUCUGCAGAGAAGUUUGUUAAGGCAAUGCUGAAGAUACCAUUUGCCUUCUUAAGAAUCGAAGCCAUGCUUUAUAGAGAGACUUUUGAUGAUGAGGUUAAUCAUCUCAGAAAAUCUUUCUCAAUGCUUGAGGAGGCUUGCAAGGAACUCAGGUCGAGUCGCCUUUUCUUAAAACUACUUGAAGCAGUACUAAAAACAGGAAACAGGAUGAAUGUCGGAACCAUAAGAGGAGGAGCCAAGGCAUUCAAGCUUGAUGCACUCCUUAAGCUUGCAGAUGUGAAGGGAACAGAUGGAAAAACCACACUUCUCCAUUUUGUUGUCCAAGAAAUUAUUAGGUCAGAAGGCUUUAGAGUAUCGGAGAGUAUUAUGGGGAAGAUAAAUCAGAGAAGUAAAGGUAGAAACAAUGAAAAUAAAGAAGAAGAAUACAAAAGGAUGGGUCUAGAUCUUGUUUCCGGUCUAAGCACUGAGCUCUGCAAUGUGAAGAAGACAGCGACUAUAGACUUGGAUGUUCUUGCAAGUUCUGUAUCGAACUUAUCAGAUGGAAUGACUAAGUUACAGCAUCUAGUACACAAGGACUUAUCCAUGGAGGAGAAAAAUGGCAACUUCGUGCAAUCAAUGAGAUCAUUUUUGGGCUAUGCAGAAAAGAAUUUAGAGGAAUUGCAGGAAGAUGAGAACAGUGUAUUAUUACACGUAAGAGAAAUUACAGAAUACUUCCAUGGAGAUGUGAGCAAGGAUGAAUCAAAUCCUCUUAGAAUUUUUGUAAUUGUCAGAGACUUUUUGGCAUUGUUAGAUCACGUGUGUAAAGAGCUUAGACGCUUGAAAAUUCCAAGUAGUCCUAAUCCUCUAGCUCCAUUUCGAUAGAACUAGAUGGCUUGGUAUGUUAAAAGUUUCAAGACUUCCAUCUUUUCUCAAAAAUUGAGCUGUUUCUAUUGAUGUUUAUGCGACUCUACAGGGAAAUGCAAAAUGUUUGUAUCAAUUUCUUG